AGUGAAACGUCACCUGUCAGGUGGUCUCCUUCCGACGAGACGUGGUGACGUCCGCGUAGGAGGAGAACAAGGUCCAAAUCUCGCAAAGAAGACAAGAGGGAUGAAGAGGAGGAGCUUCAAGGCAAAUCUGAGUGACCGCCUGAUGCUCGUCCCCCAUCUGUCCUUGUUUAGUGCCUCUUCAUGAGGGGGUGUGCACAGCACAGGGAAGAUUUGUCAGACUCCUAACAACCGCACACUUGAACCUUUUUUGGACUGCAGCAUGACGAGGGUCCAGACUUGGCUCCUGCUCUUUGGUCUUUGCGUGGGAGCCUCAGAGGCCUGGUUCUGGUAUGCCGAGCCAGAGCCCAGCACCGAGGCCCCGACAGGUGCCACCCCAACACCCGGAAAGGGUGUGGAUGGGGAAGAUAAGAACUUGUCAGGGGUCGGAGACGAGAUCAUCAACGUGGCCACUGGAAUCCGGAAGUUGGUGAAGGCAUGGGACACGACUGCCAGCCCCCGGACUACUAGUGGACCCCUGAAGGAGGAGAGCGGGCGCCCGAAUAUGACGGGUAAUAAUGACGGGUUGAACGGGGGGAAGGUCGAGGAAGGGUCUGGGGUCUGGGAAGGGGAUGCAUCUGGAUCGGGAUCGGGAUCGGGGUCCAGGCAGAAUGUUGGGUCCGAGUUAGACCCAGAUUUCGAAGGUGGCGCCAUGGAGCAAGGUAACGCCACUAGCGUAACAGACGCCAACAACGGGACUCUGGAUGCUUCCGAGCUACCUUGUCUCUCCGUACCCUCUGAUUGGCCCAUGUGCGCCAGGAAACGCCCGCGGUUUUUCACCUUGCCCAAUUUUUUCAACCACUCGUCUGUGGAGCAGGUGGAGGCGGCGCUCCUGGAGUGGCGGCGGCUGACCACGGCGGGCUGUCACCACAGCGCCGAGUGGUUGGCGUGCCUCCUGCUGGCGCCCAGGUGCCCCUCCAACGCCAGCGUGCCCCUGCGCCUGCCCUGCCGCAGCUUCUGCCACGAAGUGCAGGACAGCUGCUGGGCGUCGCUGGGAAGCGGGCAGCCGCCGCUGGAUUGUAGCCUCCUUCCUGUGGACGUGCAGGAGCCCGGCCGCCCUCCGUGUGCGUCCGUGGGUAACUGGAAAGAGCAGAGCAGUUUGUCUCUGCUUCAGCUAAUCGGAGAUCCGCCGCCCGAUGAGAUCGGCCGUGUGAGCGGGCCGGGCGGGACCCCGACCUAUGUCUUCACGUCUGCGGCUGCGACGGGUCAGCCGGCGAUGGCCCACGUCCCCAACCCUUUCUACCGCCACUUCUCCCUCCUCUUCCACGUCAAGCCGUCCACUCCUGCCGCCUCCGUCCUCUUCUCCAUCACCGACGGGCCCCGGAGGCUCAUGCACGUCGCCGUCAAGCUCGGCCCCGUGGAGUCGGGGCGUCAGAGGGUGCGGUUCUUCUACACCGAGCCCGAAUCCGAGGCGUCUUACGAAGCGGCCAGCUUCGAGGUGCCGAGCUUGGUGGGCAGGUGGACUCGUUUCUCUCUCGCGGUCUUUGAGGACCAUGUGACCUUCUACCAAGGAUGCGAGUCGGAACCGCGGGUGGUCAAGUUUGAGCGCUCACCGGACCCCAUGGAGCUUGACACAGCGGCCGGGAUCUUUGUCGGCCAUGCUGGGGGGGCUGAUCCAGACAAGUUCCAGGGCGAGAUAGCAGAGCUGAAAGUGGUGGGAAACUCUCACGCAGCCGAGCGGUUGUGCGACGACUCCGACGACGACUCGGACGCCGGGUCAGGGGACUUUGGCAGCGGCGAAGGCAACGCAAGGCAAACACAAGUCUCGGUCAAGACCACACCUGCGUCGUUCAGGCCUGUACCAGAACCUCCAUUGAUAGCCUCAAAGGGAAGCAGACAGAAGGAGACAGGUGGUGUCAGAGGAGAAAAAGGUGACAGAGGAGAGAAAGGCACCCAAGGGGACAGAGGCCCCACGGGGCCAAAGGGAGACUCAGGUUCAGGAUACUCCACACAAGCUGGAGGUAGCGGGCAGAAGGGCGAAAAAGGAGAUAAGGGUAGUACCACUUUUGGAACUAAAGGAGAGCGUGGGGAUCAGGGCCCCCCAGGGCCUCCCGGGCCUGCAGGACGCGCUGGCGAGGUAGUCCACAUCGGGGGCGGUUCUUCCUCGCAGCAGGUGGCCGGACCUCCAGGCAGAGAUGGGUUGCCAGGUCCAGCGGGAGCUGAUGGCGAGCCUGGCGACCCGGGAGAGGAUGGAAAAACUGGUCCUGCGGGGAUCCCUGGUUUCCCAGGAAUUCCAGGAAGUGCUGGUGCUCGAGGCCAGAAGGGCGAGAGAGGCGAAGGACAACCUGGACCCAGAGGUCCCCCUGGACCUCCCGGACCAGGGACUGGAAGUCGCCCGACGUUUGUUGACAUGGAGGGAUCGGGAUUCCCGGAGUGGGAUAAGAUCAGGGAACUUCGUGGCCCCCCAGGACUUCCAGGCCCUCCUGGCCCACCUGGGGUUCCCGGUACAUCCGUUGCACUCGGUUCCAAUGGCGCAGUGGCCUUUGGACCUCCUGGAUCACCUGGAAAGGAUGGAACCUCCGGUCUACCAGGGCCUUCCGGGUUUCCUGGUCUACCGGGUCAACCUGGACUCAAAGGAGAAAAGGGUGACUGUGGUGAGCUCAGCCUUCAGGGAGCAGCUGGAGAGAAGGGUUCUCGUGGGGACCCCGGACUGCCAGGGACGCAUGGACCGACUGGGCUGGCUGGGCUUCCGGGUCCCAUGGGUCCAUCCGGGCCUCCAGGACCACCUGGGCCACCAGGGCCACCAUACCCAUUUGCCUUUGCUGAGCGAGAUGGCUUUGAGAGGACCAGCAGCUUACCGGGCCCACCAGGACCACAGGGUUCUCCAGGAAUCGCAGGUCUACCGGGCCGACCAGGUUUACCGGGAAGCAACGGUGAAAAAGGAGCAGAAGGACAAAGAGGUUCACCAGGAAUCCCAGGUCUGGAUGGCUUUCCAGGACAGACAGGGAUGAAAGGGGAUAGAGGAGGGAAGGGAGAACAAGGUUUUCCAGGGCGUGACGGUGGACCACCUGGACCUCCAGGGCCCCCGGGACCUCCUGGCCGGGUCAUAUACUCGACAGACGGUGAUUAUAACAACGUUUAUUGGAGAGAAGGGUUGGAGACGGGGGCAGGGAUUCCAGGCCGUGCUGGAUUUCCGGGACCAGUAGGACCGAAGGGGGACAGGGGGGACACCGGUUCUCCGGGUUUUGCCACUAAGGGUGAGAAAGGAGAGCCAGGUAUCAUCCUGGGUCCCGAUGGACGUCCUUUCUACCUGGGGGGCCUGGCAGGGAAACAAGGCGACAUUGGACCUCCUGGCCCGGUUGGACCUCCAGGCUCUUAUGGUCCUACUGGCCCAAAAGGAGAAAUUGGCUUCCCAGGUCGACCAGGUCGACCUGGACUGAAUGGCGUCAAAGGGGAGAAGGGAGAGUCCGGUGGGGGUUCUGGAUACGCUGGUCCCCCAGGUCCGCCGGGCCCACCUGGACCUCCUGGACCGACAUCCAGAGGAUUUGAAGACUACUCCAGGUAUUAUCCAGCUGCUAAAGGAGAGAAAGGUGACCGUGGAACACCUGGUCUACCCAGCCAGCCAGGUGUUGAGUCCAACUUUGACGUAUACGCCUUAAAGAGCGAGUUGAAAGGUGAAACGGGAGAUACGGGCAUCAAAGGAGAGAAAGGAGAACCAGGCGGGGGAUAUUUUGACCCACGUUAUGGAGGAAGUGGAGCAUCGGGUGUCCCGGGACCCCCGGGCCCGCAAGGGGACUCCAUUGUUGGCCCUCCAGGUCCCCAGGGGCCACCCGGUUUACCAGGAAGAGGCUAUGAUGGUCAACCAGGACCCCCAGGGCCACCUGGACCUCCAGGACCCGCCUUGCUUGGGCCUCACAGGGGAACACAAACCAUCAGUAUUCCUGGACCUCGUGGACCACCUGGAAUCCCUGGAUUACCUGGACACUCGUCGGGGGUGACCGUGCUGCAGUCCUACGAUGUCAUGACCGCUACUGCCAGAAGACAACCAGAGGGCUCGCUGGUUUAUGUCAUAGAACAGACAGAUCUUUACUUACGAGUCAGAGAAGGGAUUCGCCAAGUCCACCUCGGGGGAUACAUUCCUCUGCCGGGUGGAGACGGCAAUGAGGUUGCAGCAGUGGAACCCCCACCAGUUGUUCCGUAUUCCCCGCACCAUAACUCCAACGACUCCCACGGACAUGAGCAGAGCCCAGUCCCGGUAAAUCCAGACCAUUCCUCCCAGCCUGACCCUCAUCGGACCAGCCAGCCAAACCCUCCGUACCAAACAAACCCUGAUGGCCGAGAGCCAAACCCUCCCUAUCCCAGAUACAACCCUGACACUCGAUACCCAUCUCAGCCGGAUCCACAAUACCCGGCCCAAACAGACCCAAGAUACCCGAGUUACACAGAACGGGUGAACCACCCAGAUGGUCGUUAUCCAAUCCAUUCAUCCCAUGAACGCCCACCAUACUACGCAGUAACCCCUCAGCGAAGGCCCCAUCCACCUGUGGCACACACUCCGUCCCAUCGUCACACAUCAGGUCCAGGGCUCCACCUAAUAGCCUUGAACCAGCCCCAGACUGGCUCCAUGCAGGGCAUCCGGGGCGCCGACUUCCUGUGCUUCACCCAGGCCCAAGCCAUCGGGAUGAAAGGAACAUUCCGGGCCUUCCUAUCCUCUAAACUCCAGGAUUUACAGAGCAUUGUCCGCAAAGCCGACAGGGACCGCUUGCCUUUAGUCAACCUGAAGGACGAGAUUCUGUUUGACAACUGGGAUGCCAUGUUUAGAGGAGACAGAAUGAAAGAGAAUGUCCCAAUCUACUCUUUUGAUGGGAAAGAUGUUCUUCGUGACAGCACAUGGCCUGAGAAGAUGAUGUGGCACGGCACGGCCACCAACGGGCAGCGGCACGUGGACAGUUACUGCGAGGCGUGGCGUGUGAGCAGCCCCGCGCUGACGGGUACGGCGGCGUCGCUUCAGAGCGGCAGUUUGCUGCAGCAGAGUCCCAGCAGCUGUUCCAGCUCCUACGUGGUACUGUGUGUGGAGAACAGCUACAUUGGCCAGGCCAGGAGAUAAACACACACACACACACACACACACACACACACACUAUAACAUUGUUAAAUGGUCUGUUACUUCUUGUUUUUUAAAUUGCAUUUAGUGGUGCUACACAGGAUAAUAAUCAAUAAUAGGAUAUGUGAAACAAAGACACAAAGGGAAGCUACAGCAUACUGGACUGAAGUGGACUGUAACUGUGGACAAAUUUGAAUUUACCUAAGCUCCAAUGAACAAGAGCAUGUAUUUGUUUUUGUUUUUUUGCAAUAACAAGGAUAUUUUGUGUGUUUUUUCUAAAUAAGCGUGUCUGUUCUUUUUCAACUUUUUGUCUGACGUCUUGUUUAAAGGCCUACUGAAAUGAGAUGUUCUUAUUUAAACGGGGAUAGCAGGUCCAUUCUAUGUGUCAUACUUGAUCGUUUCGCGACAUUGCCAUAUUUUUGCUGAAAAGAUUUAGUAGAGAACAUCGACGAUAAAGUUAGAAAUUUUGGUGCUAAUAAAAAAGCCUUGCCUGUACCGGAAGUAGCAGACGAUGUGCGUGUGACGUCACGGGUUGUGGAGCUCCUCACAUCUGAACAUUGUUUGCAAUCAUGGCCACCAGCAGCGAGAGCGAUUCGGACCGAGAAAGCGACAAUUUCCCCAUUAAUUGGAGCGAGGAUGAAACAUUCGUGGAUGAGGAAAGUGAGAGUGAAGGACUAGAAAAGGGAAAAAAAGACUAUACAGUGGGAGCAAUUUAGAUGUUAUCAAACAAAUUUAGUCGGAUAAUUCUGGAAAAUCCCUUAUCUUCUUAUUAUGUUACUAGUGUUUUAGUGAGAUUAUAUGGUCAUACCUGUACAACCUGAAGGUCGGCCCCGCACCUUUCUUCAGCACCAGUUGACGGGUGGUGGCGAUGCCCAUCUCUGCCCUUCGCAAGGGACCCUCUUCGAAACACGAUCUUUCGAAAUGAUCGCUGCAUAAUACACUGUACUUUGUGUGUGUGGUCCAAUCCAACCGUGUACGCUUGACCGCUCUGUUCCAUAGUAAAGCUUUACCGUCAUCUUUCGGGAAUGUAAACAAUGAAACACCGGCUGUGUUUUUGUUGCUAUAAAGUCGGCCGCAAUACACCGCUUCCCACCUACGGCUUUCUUCUUUGAUGUCUCCAUUGUUCAUUGAACAAACUGCAAAAGAUUCAGCAACACAGAUGUCCAUAAUACUGUGGAAUUAUGCGAUGCAAACAGACGACGAUCCACUCUUCCCCCACUCGUGAACAAGACUCCUAGGUACUUGAACUCCUCCACUUGGGGCAGGGUCUCCUCCCCAACCCGGUGCGGCGUCUUCAGUAAUGCGGACGUUGUAUCGAUCCGUUGUGGUGAAGAAGGAGCUGAGCCGGAAGGCAAAGCUCUCAAUUUACCGGUCGAUCUACGUUCCCAUCCUCACCUAUGGUCAUGAGCUUUGGGUCAUGACCGAAAGGAUAAGAUCACGGGUACAAGCGGCCGAAAUGAGUUUCCUCCGCCGGGUGGCGGGUCUCUCCCUUAGAGAUAGGGUGAGAAGCUCUGCCAUCCGGGAGGAACUCAAAGUAAAGCCGCUGCUCCUUCACAUGGAGAGGAGCCAGAUGAGGUGGUUCGGGCAUCUGGUCAGGAUGCCACCCGAACGCCUCCCUAGGGAGGUGUUUAGGGCACGUCCAGCUGGUAGGAGGCCACGUGGAAGACCCAGGACACGUUGGGAAGACUAUGUCUCCCGGCUGGCCUGGGAACGCCUCGGGAUCCCCCGGGAAGAGCUAGACGAAGUGGCUGGAGAUAGGGAAGUCUGGGCUUCCCUGCUUAGGCUGCUGCCCCCGCGACCCGACCUCGGAUAAGCGGAAGAUGAUGGAUGGAUGGAUGGAUGGAAACAGACGACGUAUAGCUGGGAACGAUGCUGGAACAAAAUGUCCUCUACAAUGCGUGACGUCACAAGCACGCUUCAUCAUACCGAGACGUUUCAGCAGGAUACUUCGGCGCGAAAUUAAAAAUUGCAAUUUAGUAAACUAAAAAGGCCGUAUUGGCAUGUGUUACAAUGUUAAUAUUUCAUCAUUGAUAUAUAAACUAUCAGACUGCGUGGUCGCUAGUAGUGGCUUUCAGUAGGCCUUUAAGUUGUUACAAAAUGAUUCCAAAUAUAUCCGGUAAUGUUAAGACAUACUUGUCUUAACUCGAUGCACAUAAGAUGUAUUUGAGCGCUGGAAACAAGCAGCAGUCAUUCACACGUUGUGCCUCACUUGCACGUAAUUCAAUCAGCUCAUUUGUGCGAGGCUUUUAUGUAAAGCGGCUUGUUUGGCGUUCAUAUGAGGAAAGAACUGAGAGUGGGCGGCACAACUAAUGAGGUUUAAGAAGGAGGAGAGUUGGGUGGAAAUCAACUAACAUAUUUUGGUACAAUUAUGUCAUUAAAUAAAGUAAUUACAGAAAAUUAUAA